AAUCGCAGAGAGACGUCAGACGCGGACUAUAAAACACCUGACUGUAGCUACUUCAAAGCUACAAAUUAAUGAUAGACGGAUUAUUUAUAUCUAUACUCUAGCACGGCGGAUUAUAAUAAACAUGCAUGGCAUUCACGGAAAAUGAACGAUUUAUAAUGGACAUCUUAUACCUGGAGUACAGUUGAUUUACGAGCUGAAGAAAGUGAUUCGACUACGGGGGAAAAAAACGUCGAGCGUUUAUUUAGUUGCUGUGUGACAGUCUAAUAAUGAUGGAUCAUGACACUCAGUGGCUGUACCAGCUCCUUGCUAGUGUGCAGCUAGAGAGAUUCUACCUAAGGAUGCGAGAUGGACUCAAUGUGACACGUAUUGAGCACCUGAACUACGUUAAAGAAGCAGAUCUUGAACAGAUUGGCAUUAGUAAACCAGGACAGCGACGAUUAUGGGUAGCCGUCAGACAUUACAAAAACAACAUGCGACCACGGUCGUGGAUAAAUAAGGCUUUUAAUGGUCGCACACCAGAGGGAAGUGAGCAGUUUAAUGGUGCCGGGUCAGGCCAAGGGCCAGAACCAGCACGUGCAUUUCCUUGUCUUAUCCAGGACAAUGAACUGAUCUUUGGGGACAGGCUAGGCUCGGGUUCCUUUGGGGUAGUGAGGAAAGCAGAAUGGCAGACACCGACUGGACAAGUGUUGCCUGUAGCAGUGAAAACCUUGAGGGGUGGCGGAUCCAGGUACGGAGAUGUGGUGAGCGAAUUCCUCCAGGAAGUUUCGACCAUGCAGUCUCUGGACCAUCCCAACAUUAUACAUCUGUAUGGUGUUGUCCUUACUCAUCCUCUUAAAAUGGUAACGGAGCUGGCUCCCCUUGGCUCUUUAUACGACACUCUGCGUCUACGACACAGUGAAUAUCCUCUUUCACGGCUCUGGCUCUUCAGCACACAGAUUGCUACAGGUAUGGAGUACCUGGAGUCCAGACGCUUCAUCCACAGAGACCUCGCUGCCCGGAAUGUGCUCUUGGCUGGUAGAGAGCUAGUGAAGAUCGGAGACUUUGGACUGAUGAGAGGCUUGGAGCAGGACAGGGACCACUAUAUCAUGACGGCACACAAACGCAUCCCCUUCGCAUGGUGUGCUCCUGAGAGUUUGCGUGUGGGUACUUUCUCUCACGCUUCAGAUGUCUGGAUGUUUGGUGUCACACUGUGGGAAAUGUUCACUUACUGUGAGGAGCCCUGGUUGGGGCUGUCUGGCAGACAGAUCUUGUAUCGUGUUGAGCGGGAAGGUGAGCGGUUGGAAAGGCCUCCAGACUGUCCUCAGGAGUUACAUUCUGUGAUGCGUAAAUGUUGGGCCUGCAAUCCUGCUGACCGACCGACCUUCUCACAGCUCACCACUAUGGUAUCAGAGGCACAGCCUAUGGAGGUUCGAGCAGUAAAAGACUUUACAGAGCCUAGAAAACUCUCUAUACAGGCGAAUGAUCUAGUGACCAUUAUAGAUCAUGGGCUGGAAAUGUGUGAGUGGAAGGGACAAAACCAGAGAACGCUAAGUGUUGGCUGGUUUCCCCCUGCAUUUGCUGCCCCGGCUCUCACAGCAGUAGCUCCUGCGUCUGGUCCAGCUCUGAUCUCUCCCCCCGUUAAAGGUAGUCUACAGCACACUGGCCAUGGAGACACUGACCCAGCACGCAGCUGGGGCAACCCAGAACGAAUAAAUGACCCAAGUCGCUGGAGGAUUCCAUUAGCAAGAGAGAAGGAAGGCUCCAAUCUGAAAAAAAUGGCAGGCAUCUCAAGGAGUCUGGAGUCUGUCCUUGGCGGUCCACAGGACAAAGGUCAAAGUCCUGCUGGCAUUGCAUCUCAGAGAGCUGACCCACGCAAACUAAUGCAGAGUCAUUUAAUGCAAGAUCCACGCAGGUUUAGUGACGCUAUUGUCAUCCCACCUCCACGGCCACCACCCCCCACCUUCAAAUGCAUCAGCCCACCAAACACUGGCUUCAAAUGUGUCAAACCCCAGAUGAUGAUGCAGGAUCGGAGACAAGUAAACCCAGCGGGCUGGGCCCCUCAAACUAAUUCACAGCUACAGUUCCAGUUCCAGUUCCACCCACAACAGCAUUGUUUAGGGAGUAGCAACCUUGCCAGGAUGGCACAUCUGGCCAGUUCAAGCCCUCAGCUAAUUGAUGGCCCUGAGAAAGAGAAGGAGAGAGAGAGAGAGCAAGAGAGAGAAAGAGAGCGGGAGAAGGCAAAGGAGAGGUAUCCGCCACAAGUUGACAAAGAAGCAGUCAUAGCGCAGGUUCAAGACGCGGUUCAUGGAGUGACCAUUGAGCAGGUUCAGAAAGCUCUGUUUCGCAAUGACUGGAAUCCUGUACGGGCAGAGCAGCAACUUAAGAUAGACCAGCUGUAUUACAUGACUCAGUGCUCUCGUGAGGACUGUCAAAAAAUCCUCGCCCGCUACAACUGGGACCUGCAGACGGCAGGACGUUACAUCAUCCGACAAGAAAGAGAUAGAGACAGAACUGCUCUGGAUAGAAGAGGAGAAAGAGUUUAAUGCAAGACAAUGUUAACACAUAAAAUGGUUCAUAAUUAUUAAGGAUUUCACGUUUUUGUUAUAUCACAAAAUUGCCAAGAGGUCAAAAUAAUCCAAGGCACACACACACACACACACAAAAACCUGUUUUCACACCUUGAACAGGUUUUCAUUCACCUCCAAUGUGAAACUAUCUGUCAUGACUCUGUAUUAUGUGCUUGAUUAAUAAGUUUGUCAUAUAAAUUGUUUCAAAUCUGUUUGUAAAGACAGUAUAAUCAUUCUUAUUACAUGCAGAAUGUCAUGCCAGUUGCCAUUGUGACUAUUGUUAGUUUACAGUUUUUGUAUAUAAAUUAGGUUUGUUAAAUUUUAAAUGUGUUAAAUUCAUUAAAACUGUGUAAAUGUAUAUGAUGAAUUUGUAAAUAUAUACGAAGUGUUAGAAAUAUUUGUAUCUGUUCAAUAAAGUAAA